AUGAAUGAAAGAUCUGUUAUCUUGCCAUCUCCCAGCUUCAACAGCAGCUACUCCAACACUCGGCUCGCCGGAAUCGCCGCGCGAGUGGCCGGGGAAUUCGAUCUCGAUGAACUUGGCGGCGAGCUUUACCUGGAGAAGCGAGAGGAGAAUUGGGGAUUUCUAGAGAGAGAAGAAACCAGAAACGACGUGGUCACGGAAGAGGACGGUGGCGAAUUCGAGUUCGCUUUCGCGGGAAGAGGCUCCGGGAUUGCGUCGCCGGUCUCAGCCGACGAGAUCUUCUGCAACGGCCAGAUCCGAGCCGUAUACCCGAUUUUGGAUGCGGAUUCGGUUCCCAAACGGAGCGAAUUUGAGAGGGGAAACGAGGAGGAAGCGGUGGACGGCGUCGUUUCGACCGUUCGGGUGCCUUUGAUGAAGCUAUUUAUCGAGGAAAGGGCGACGCCUCUGGCUUCGGCUGCGGCCGCGGCGGCGUCGUCUAGCUCUUCGUCGGAGGCGGACGAGUUGGAAGGAGUUCCGGCGGACACGUACUGCGUGUGGCGGCCGAAGGACGCCGCCACGGCGGCAGAGUCGGAGAGGCGGUGCAGAAAGAGCAGCUCCGGCGGCUCGAGCUCCAAGCGGUGGAAGUUCAGAGACCUGCUGCGCAGGAGCCAAAGCGACGGAGGUAAGGACCGUUUCGUAUUUUCGAGCCGUGUCGGUAGCGAGAGGAAGGUGCAGGAUGAGGAGAAGAUCGGAGCCGCCGGAAAAGUGAAGCCUCCGCCGCCGCCUGUGUAUAGUCGGGACGGCGGAGAGAGGUGGCGGUCGUACCUGCCGUACAAACAGGAUUUGGUGGGGCUGUUCGCCGGUGUAAACGUGUCGAGUAAAAAUUUGCAGCCGUUUUGA